ACUAACAAAAAAUUGUGGUCCGUUGUUUGAUAAAUAGAUUAGAUAUAAAUCGUGACUAUUUCUCUUUAUCUUUUCACACAUGUGGUGCCAUUGACAAUUAAAACAACAGAGAUCAUGGAGUACGAGAAUUUAGGUGUAGAAAUUAGCAAAACGAAACAGUUUUUAAUAUAUAUUUUAUUUUACGCACUGGGAGUUGUUACACUUGUUCCUUCGAGUUUUGUUACCACUGCUACGGACUACUGGCUGUACAAAUUUCGUGACAUAGACAGCAAUGCAAGCUACAACAGUGGCAACAAAACAACUCUGCAAGCAGACUUCACUUCAAACUACUCCAUAGUCUCAAAUGUAAGCUAUGUGGCUUUCAUUGUGGUUACUAGUCGCUUACUUAGAACUAGAGUAGGAAUAGUUAAACGCACGAUUGGAUCUCUUAGUGUGAUAAUUUUUUUGCUUAUUCUAACUUGUAUAUUUGUGGAAGUCGAUACAGAUCCAUGGCAGAAGGGUUUCUACGUUUUUACUUUAAUAAUCGGAUUUUUCUUAACAGGAAUGUCUGGAGUGUUUAUGGUAACGCUCUUCGAAUUGGCGGUAAAAUUUCCUUUCAACCACGUACUUACAAUGUUUUCAGGACAAGCUAUUUGUGGGAUAUUGGCAGCUUUGGUUCAGAUAUUUGCUCUGGGGAUAGGAGGAGGGCCGCAAACCACCGGAUUAGUUUACUUCCUUAUUGGAAUGUUGUUUAUAUUUUUUUCUCAAAUGGGAUUCGUGGUGGCUUGGCGAAAGUCAGAUUUCUUUAGAAACCACAUGUUGAAAGAAGCAGCAGUCAGAGGACGUUUCGAAUUCAGUAAAGAAGUAAUUGUAUCCGCUAUUAACAAGUCAAAAUUUUACAUGUUGUCGAUGUUUAUCGUUUUGGGAGGCACAGUUAUGUUGCACCCGGGAGUUAUAACUUUAGUUAGUUCGGUCGACAAAGGGAAUGGAAACCCAUGGAACGAUACGUAUUUCGGACCUGUGGUCAAUUUUUUGUUUUUUCAUUUAUUUGAUUUCAUGGGUCGGGAAGCUGCAAUCUUUUUCAAAAAGCCAACUAAGGGACUUAUAGUGUUCGCAAUAAGCUGUUGCCGAAUACCACUUAUUCCUCUCAUUUUGUUCUGUAACGCCACUCCACGUUACCAUUUACCCGUGGUAUUUGAUGCAGAUUAUGCCUAUAUUAUUUUCCUGAUAGUAUUUGCCUUCAGUAAUGGAUACUUAGUGAAUAUCAGUAUUGUCAUGGUACCUGAGGUUACGGACGAAAAAGAGAGACCUUUUGCCAUGUUGGGUGUUUUGCUGCUAAUGGUUCUAAGUUUGGCGAUCUGUUCCGCUACAAGCACAGCAAUAGUGAAGGCUCUAUGAGUCAAACUCACAUGCAACUACUUAUUUUUAAUAAAACCUUUAUAUUAGA